AUGAAUUUAAAGAAUUUAAAGACAACUUACUUUUGCUUCUCAGCUGGAUUAGCAAGGACUAAACUAAACUCAGUGAACCUCUUCAAAACAAUCAACGAGUAUGCCCUGUCUUUAUAUAAUUACUACAUUGGGCUAAUCAAUAUUGAACCUUUCGAAUUUGACGAUAUUGAUCUCCAAAUACGAAGAUUACUUACAACACUGAAAAUACACCUGAAGCCAGCCAAUAAAGAGCGGCUAUACCUCUCAAGAAAGAGCAUGGGAAGGGGGUUGACAUCAAUUGCUUUUAAAAGUGAACUAAUGCUGCUUCAUUUUCUGGAAACCUUGGAGAAGAAGUCGGCUAUCUGUCUCAGAAGGUCGGGGAUCCUGCGGGUUAUUAAAAAAGAAAAACCGCAUAUGGCGACAAUCGCAGGAUUUCUUGCCUCUAAAUAUGGAUUGACUGAUAAACAAUCUAUCACUGACAAAUCCCUGAAAGAGGCUUAUGUACAAUAUUUUUCCAACAAAAUAAAAAACAAGUCACUCCAUUCUGUCCUAUUCAGGUUUAAAGAAGACUCUAACUCCGACCUCAAAAUGUCUAGCGAGUGGCUGUACAAAGGGAACAAUACACUAAGGAGUGAAGCUUUGUAUUGCCUCUUGCAAGAUAUAAAUUUGUUUUUUUCUUCUGCGCGUGGUGCGCUGUGUGAUCAUUGCAAAAAAGCUAAGAAGACAGUAGACCACAUGGCUACACGGUGCAACAGAAUGCUAAACAGUGACUAUGUGAGAAGGCACAAUGAGGUUUUUAGAUGCAUCCAUUUGCACGUAUGCAGACAGUUUGGAAUAAAGAAAACUGGGAAACUAAAGUCUCACUCAGUACAGUCUAGUUUAUCGGCUCGAAAUGUUGAGAUAAGAGUAGAUACGCCAAUAUUGACUGAUACGCAAGUUCAGUUCAAUAAGCCAGAUAUCUUUAUCUAUGACAGAUUGAAGAAUGAGAUCACCAUAAUUGAGAUGGAGAUUACAUCGCAGGAGAGACUCAAACAAACCGAAGUUGAGAAAUUGCAUAAGUACGAUUUGCUGGCUGGAGAACUAAAGAUGCUUUACGGGGCACCAGUCCGAAUUAUUCCGAUUGUGCUGACGUGGGACGGGGUGGUUUCAACGUGUUACAAAGCCUAUAUGGAGAAGUUAUCCGUUGAAGGCCCGACAAGAACGUACAUUCAGGGACUUGUCAUGAAGAAGACAUUGGAGGCAAUUGUGGUGGAACAUAGGCAUGGAAUCCAUACGUCUCAAGAGGAAUUCAUUACGGCAACCAGUCAGUUGGCUGAAGUGGCAAAUCAAUCUUGCGAGGACCCUUCGGAUGAAGCAAACGGGAAAAUCUUGUGUUCGGAGAAUGAAAGUUUCCCUCAGCGAAUUGUGUCAAAAGCUCUCGACAUAUCGAUUCCCACAAUUUUCUCGAAUCUUCGCUACGUAGCACAACGCCACCUAUGUCCCCAGACAGUAUCAGUGGUAGAUCUGACACCCUGA